AUGGCCUACAAGGAACAGGAGCAGUCUAGAAAUUUCGAGUUCAAAAUCGCAAAAACACCAGCAACGCGAGCAUCCCAAGCGUGCAUUAAAUGCCGCGACCGAAAGGUCCGAUGUGACGCCUUGAGGCAGGGAAUGCCAUGUACCAAUUGUCGGUCGGAUCACAUGCAAUGCACCCUCACCGAGGGGAGAAAGCAGACAGCUAGGUUGGUCUGGCUUCUUGUUCCAAAACAUUCUGCUAGUAUGUUUGAAUCUGAGGGUGCGAAAUCUCCUAGAAAUCGACCUCCAAGGCCAUCAAAAGCAGCGAAGCCACCGCCCAUUCCACCGGAUCGAUUUGCUGCAUAUAAGGGUGCAACCGAACGCCCUCCUCCCGCCGGUGUAUCGCGCCAGUUCCCUGAUCGAUUAAGGUUCCUGAAGCCUCUUCCGCGUCGGUUGAAUGAUGAAGAUAUCCGAUUCCUACAGAUCAAGGAAGCGAUGAAUGUGCCCGAACGGAACGACCUUCGCGUAUUCAUUAGGGCCUAUGUCGAUCACGUUCAUCCAUACAUGCCAAUUCUCAACCUUGAGGAGCUUCUCUCCAGCAUCUGCGAAGACCGGGCAGAAUCCCGAUUACUGUACGACUUAGAUGUGGAAGACGACAUUCUGGUCGUUGUUCAAGGUCUCCUUCUGUUAACGUUGUGGCAUGGGACACCGGAUGAGCCAACCGGCUGCUGGGACUGGGCCGGACUCAGCGUUACAGGGGCGCAAAGACUCGGACUACACAAUGAUCAGAAUCCGGACACCUUAAACAUGUCCCCUGCCCAGCGGGGAUUACGCAGGAGGGUGUGGUGGGCUGUGUAUAUACGCGAUCGCUUGACAGCGCUCUGGAUGCGGAGACCUGCGCGGAUCGAAGACGAGUCCUUCAACGUACCCCCGCUUGCUCUAGACGACUUCGAUAGAAACAUUGCUUCGAAGCCCUUAUUGCGCUUCAUGGAAGACUCGGCCCACCUGUCCAAUGCUAGUUCGCAAAAAGAACUUGCCGUCGCGUUUCUAGAUCUCAGCACACUCUCUGUCCAUAUUGGACGUUUUCUGAAAUACAGAUUCAUCACCCCGAAACUCAGCAUCCUUGAGAACAGUUGCAGCCUUCAAAGGUGUUCUGACAACAUGCGGGACUGCAGUGGUGAGCUGUACAGAUGGUUUAGAGACAGACAAUUGCGAUAUGACGGUCUCUUUGAGCCAGAAACAAAUGUCAUAGUAAAGACAUUAAAAUCGCUGGUUCGUAUGUUAUAUUCAUCAGCUCAGAUAAAUAUAUUUUUAUUCGAACGGUUUGAACUCCCUUUCGUGGAAACCAUAACUCCAGAAGUGAGCGAAGAAGCACGCGCGGUGACAGAGAUGAUGUCACAGCUUUCGGGCAAUCAUUUAAUUCAAUACCUCCCAAUAACUGCAGUCAACGUUGUCAUGCCUGCUAUUGCAGUCCACAUCCUGGAGAUGACCUCGUCCAAUCCCAUCUUGCGUCCGCAAGGUUAUCGAAGACUACAACAGUGCCUCCAUUCCCUGGGCGAAGUCAGCACCACAUAUGCAGUCGCCGGAUUCCCGCAAAUACUCUAUGAAGCAUCUGUUUUUGGAAGCGCCGCCAUUCUUCCCUUCCAAGCGUUAGAACGAGGCAGAGAACAACAAGCUUCGUUUUAUUCGAUUAAUCUGCAGAGACAAAUUCUGAUGGACGCUUGCACAUCGUUUGAUGAUAUCACCCUUGAACUUCCAACUCUUCCAGGGGAACCCGAGAAUUUGUCUUAUACGGACGUUGUCAAUGCUGGACAGUAG